AAUAAAAAAGUAUUUUUAUUCUUAUCUGAAAACUAUUCAUAAACUUGAUAAUCCCCCAGUGGUAUUGAUUAGGCGACUUAGUUAAAGGUGCCAGAAAAAGAAAUCAGAUCGAGACUUGACAAUUGGUAGCUGAAUAAGCGAUUUCUCUUACCAGAAAAGCGCCCACUUUACUGACGCUCAAAUGAAAAAAUAAAAAGAAAAUAAAAAAUAAACUUGAAAUUGAAGAAUGAGUUCAUACCUUGCUUGCUGUACUGUACCCCAUAUUCCUGAAAAACAGUGUAUCCGUUCUACUCAUGCUCAUGUCGCUUUUUGGGAUACUCAAGGCAGAAACAUCGUUUUCAAAUUUUCUAGUGUAUAUGUUUCUACACUCCCUGCUCCAGAGUAUCCCAGUUUACGUACCUGCUCCAAACUCUUUACCCAUGAGUGAUACACAUGUCCCUGUUGACCAUGCUGACCAUGCUGACCAUGCUGACCAUGCUGAUCAUGGUGCCAUGAAUAUACCCGAGUUAAUUGUCACCUUCACUACUGCUCUUCAUGACUCGCAGCUACCUUCUCUUUAUGCUGCCCCAAUUUCUGCGCACAUCAAUAUUUCCCUGUUUAUGUCUGUCCAAUAUGACAGUUGGACCUCCUAUUAUAUUACUCUUCUUUGUAAUUGUGCCAAUGCCUGGUGGUGCCGCAUGGAAGACAAUGUUACCAGAGCUUCGGAUUCGCACAGGUUUACACACUUGCUUAAUGGCAAUUUGCAUCCCAUCAAAUCCAUGUUACCCAGAAUUCCCGUUCAUUUUUGUGAGCCUUUGGACGUUGGUGAGACUGCACGCACAGCCCUUGGAUACAAAAUCGAGUGUUGUUCUGCUCGCCUGGCACGUCCUGAUCCUAUUCCACAAUAUUUCCGUGAUGAUGAACCUAUUCCCAUGGACCUUGAUUCUAUAACAGGCGAAGCUCCGCCAACCGCUCCGAUAUUAAAUGGCACCAGCAAGAUGCCCAGACCGUAUUGCUACCACCCGCCAAUUAGACGAAAGAUGCGCCAAGGCCCAAGGAUGUAA